AUGGAUUCAAGAGGGAGUGUUGGAAUUGUGAAUCAUAGAUUAAAUCCUACAAGAAGAAGAAGCUUCAGUAAGAGGAUGAUGAAGAGCAAAGAAUGCGUAAGCAUCGAAGAAGAAGAAAGCAGAAGCGUUGAAGGAGGACAGAAGAAGAAAGAAGAAGAAGGCCAUUGGGCCUCAAGUGAAACAAGCCCAAUAACAUAUGUGGGUUUGGUUGUCUUUGGAGUAAAACCGCUUCUUGUCUCAUCUCUAACAAACAAACCAAAUCUGAGAGAUAGGGAGAGCAAGACAUCUAACCUAAGAGAGACGACGAAAGAGAUGAAGAAAACAUCUUCUCCGACGUCCUUUUCUUCGUUACCGGAGGAGAUCGUUUUCCAUUGUUUGGCUCGUGUCCCAAGAUACUGUCGUCCAACUCUAUGCUUAGUCUCCAAGUAUUUCCGAUCUCUCAUUGCUUCCCCUGAGCUCGAGGCCACACGAUCACGCAACGGAAUAACAGAAGAUUACCUCUACGUUUGCUUAGACCUGAAUAAGAAAAACCCUAACCCUAGCUGGUUCAAAGUUUCCCGAAUCCCCAAACAACAGAAACUGAAACCUGUCCCUUCGUUUCCUCACCAACUUCCCAAAUCCUCGAGUGUUGUUUCAAUCGGUUCGGAGAUUUAUAUAAUCGGAGGCCUCGUUAAUGGACAUAAAAGCAAUAGAGUGUUGAGUUUUGAUGGUCGAUCUCGUCAAUGGCGUAUAUUACCAAACAUGCGUCUACCUCGAGAAGCUGCAGCUGCUGAUGUGAUCGAUGGUAAGAUCUACGUGAUUGGAGGCUCUAGUUUAGACAAUAUCGAGGGUUGGGGAGAGGUUUAUGAUCCAAAGACCCAAACUUGGGAGCCAUUAUUGCCCACAACACUAAACCUCACCGCUCAAAUGAAUGUGGUGCCAGGCAAAUUGGUGAUGGGUGGAAAGGUUUAUGCGAGGGAUGGUUUGAAGCUUAACUUGGAUACGAAGAUUUGCUUGGUAGAUAACGGGUUACGUCUAAUGUCAAUUUCCCAUCAUAAUCUUUUUUGGAAUGAUCCAAAGCAAGAUUCAAUAUGGAGAUGUGUUGAAGGACUUGAGGAACUCUCUGAUUAUACUAAGGAAUGUAAAACGGAGGUUUGGUGUGCCGAGGUUUUGUUCGAGAGACGCGGUUUAAAAGAGCUUUGGGGAUCCGUUGAAUGGACUAAGAAAGUGUUUACCUUUGAGGGAUGUGACCCUCGUACCGGUUUCUUUCUGAGAUUAUCUCACAUUGAUGUAAGGGUUUUUAGAAUCAUAGAUGGAUUGAGAGAGCAGUUAGAAUUUGGUGUGAGAUAUUCCAUGCACAGUCCAUACUAG